AUGGAGGAAGCCGACCUUAGCGUGCCCCUGUUCAGCGGAGUCAGCAUCAGUGCCAGAGAGCCCGAAGAGGAUGACAAGGCCGACCUGCUAGGCAAGCGUGUGGUAGAGGAAGAGGAGGAAGAGGACAUCUUUUCCUAUAAAAACAAGAGGCUCGAUGAGGAUGAUCUCUUCGGUGGCCUCGACGAUCCCCUCGCCAAGAAGAAGCCGGCAGCCAAAGUUGGUGAGGGUCUGUUCAUCGACGAUGAGGUGGCGGCGGAUAUGCUCUCCCAUGACUUCAACGACCUCCUUCUGCUGAAGGCGGCAUCGCACAAGGAUGAGGGCGUUUUCAGAGCACGGCCCAAGGCGGUCGAGCUGGCUGCUGCAGACGAGGACGAUGUCCGCGUUCCUGACGUGGACUUGGAGAGCAUCGAGGGCCUGCAGAAGAGGACUUCGGCACAAACGAAGCCAAAGCGACAAGCGCCAGCCAUCGGGGGAGGAAGUGGCAUCAAGCGGGGCAACAGCAAGCUGGCCGCACCGACGACGCUCGAUGACGAGCUGUUUGGGCUGAUUGGCGACACAAGCACCGCCGGAGGAAGCGGGAACACCACCUCCGCUGCGGAUCCGCUCGAUGACAUCUCCUCCUACAUCGCCCGACAGCAGCAGACCACCAGCAAGGGUCUCUUUGAUGACUAA